GUUUUAUAUUCAAGUAUUGAUUAUGCCUGACAGCCUGCAGGAAUGUCAUGGUGUUCUGUUUAUUAUGAGGAUGUUUUUCAUUCAAGGAAUGUGCACUAACAUGCCAAGGACAUGGCAGAUAAUCCAUCCAAUAUAUGACAGAGCCACCUGCUCUGGUUUCUGUGUCUCCUUUCACACCCAGGUACCGCAAUGACUGAGAAUCUAGCUUAUGGUACCCUCUCGGAGGACCUGAACUUUUCCAGUACACCUGUGUAUCAGAAUAAGCCUUCACCUCAACAGAACAUCACUUACGUGGAUUUUUACCUCCACAAACCCAGCGUGGCCGCAGUCUUUACUGUAUCCUACCUGCUCAUCUUUGUGGUGUGCAUGGUUGGCAAUGGUGUGGUGUGUUUCAUCGUGCUCCGCAGCAGGAACAUGCGCACCGUCACCAAUCUGUUUAUUCUCAACCUCGCCAUUAGUGACCUACUGGUUGGUAUCUUCUGCAUGCCAACCACACUUGUGGACAACAUCAUAACAGGAUGGCCUUUUGGUAGUGUUGUGUGUAAACUGAGUGGGAUGGUUCAAGGGAUAUCUGUGUCAGCAUCUGUAUUCACCCUCGUUGCCAUUGCUGUUGAUAGGUUCCGUUGCAUUGUCUACCCUUUCAAGCAGAAGCUGACCAUUGCCACCUCAAAGCUAAUUAUUGUCAUCAUAUGGGUCCUGGCUGUGUUCAUUAUGUGCCCGUCGGGGGUCAUGCUCCAGGUCACGAAGGAGCAGACAGUGCGUAUAGUCCUCGGUCCCAACAGUGACACUCGUCCUUUUUACUGGUGCCGGGAGAACUGGCCAAGUCAAGAGAUGAGAAAAAUCUACACUACAGUUCUUUUUGCCAACAUCUACCUUGCUCCUCUAAGUCUGAUCGUCAUCAUGUAUGCACGCAUUGGUUUCACCCUCUUUAAGACCACUAUUCCUCCAGCUAGGGGCAGUGGGAGUGCCCCAUUAGAGGGCAGUGGCAACAACAAACUGAGCAUGAAUGGGCGUCAGACAAUUACACGGAAGAAGAAGCGGGUUAUAAUGAUGCUCCUGGUUGUGGCUUUGCUUUUCAUCUUAUCCUGGCUGCCUCUGUGGGCUCUCAUGAUGCUGAGCGAUUACGCCAGCCUGACAGAGCACCAGUACCGUGUCAUUAACAUCUAUGUGUACCCUUUUGCUCACUGGUUAGCCUUCUUCAACAGCAGCAUCAACCCCAUCAUCUACGGUUUCUUCAACGAGAACUUCCGCAACGGCUUUCAGGCAGCUUUUAAGUUCCAGCUCUGCUCUGCUGAUGUUCUGCGCCAAAGGACCUUCUCCCACCGGAUCAGAGGGAACGCUGUGCUCCCAGUUCACCCGACAGCCCCAAGCAGACCAGUAUCCAGAGCUGGAACACUGUUUGUAGGGAAGGGAAUGUGCUUGUGUCAGGAGGGAGACUACUUGGCUGGUGGAAAUGAUGUUAUAGAGCAGGAUCUGAUCAUGGAGGAUUUGGAAAAAGUGUCACAGAUUUAGAAAGGUGGUCCAUGGGUGAAGCAUGAUCACAUAUAUCAAGGUCUCUGGUAAACAUUUUGAAACACAGGCUCACAAAAAAAUCAUAUAACUAAAUUAAACUCUUUUCAUGUCUGCUGUUAGUGAAUGUAUUUUGAAGUUCUGUUAAAAAAAUAUCACUUUAACUUUUAUUGUGACUGUUUUUAAAGGGGGCUGGUCAUUUUAUGCUAUUUGCAAAUUUGGACAUUUGACAUCUGACUAAAAACUUUGAGAGCAAUUAUGUGUCCAUUGUACUCACCAGGAGAAUGUUUUGUACCUGCCUUAACACC